AUAUCGAUUAUUUUGCAACCAAAAACCUAAACAAAAGAGAUUUUUAGUGGAAAAUUCGAAACGCCCGCAAAAAUGGAGCAGCUUUCGGGUGUUAUGAUAAUAAUUAUCAUCGGCGGCGGCGUGCUGACCUUUGUAAUGCUCUUCAUAUUCGCCAAGCGGCAGAUAAUGCGAUUUACUCUGCGUAGCCGCCGCGGCCCCCAUGUGCCAGUGGGCACUGAUGCCAAAAAGGCGCUGCGUCGCGAAAUUGAGCGCAGAUUGGACUGCAUACAAAAGAUAGCACAGGAGCCAAAGCUGCUGUGGACCGAUGCGGACAAGUAUAUUGUGCAGCCAGGUCCUGAGCAAGAUUUGCCCCCCUACUACUACCGCAUGAAGGCCGUGGAUGAUGUUAAAUUGCUGGAAUCGGAGAUAGCGCGCGCGGAUGGCAGCACACGCCACGCCCACGAAAGCUUACGUGCCUUUCUACUGACUACGCUCUCGGUGACGCUCAACGGCACUGGGCAACGCAUAAUACAUCAAUUCUGUGACACUUACGAACACGCUCGCCACGAUCCAAAUGAAUUUGGCAAGGACGAGUACGAGGCUUACCAUCACAUGCUGCUCAAGCUGAUGGAGGCUGCCAAGCAACUGAAGAAUUAUAAUUCGAGAAAGGCCUCGCCAGCGCGCACCCCACGCAAACAAAAAAUGCACUCAUUGCUGGAUCCAGCACGCCUGCGUCCGCCACCCGUCGUUGAGCCGCCUAGCAGUGAGCUGACAGCCGGCCAGCAUGCGAAAGUCAAUAUGACACUGGGCCUGCAAGGCGAUGAAAUGGUGGCCGCCGAACUGGCCACCAAUCCGCUGCAUUUACAGGCACCCGCCGAACGUGAUCUUAUCAUACGCAAUCGCAUUAAGACGCCCACGCUAGACGACAUUGUGGUCGAGGCGGCGGAGCAGCAACAGCAAAGUGAGACGGCCAACAACAAUGGGGAGCAUGAGAUAAUGAGCAUCUCAUCGGUACAAUUUCAACGCAAUUCGAGCGUAGUCUAAGGUUUGGCAAGGGAACUCUGCACCAGGACUAACCUAAUAGAAGAUAAUUAACUUCGCCGUACUGAAUAUUAUUUCGUAAUAUAUAUAUUAUAUUUGUUGAUCUUAACAUAAUGGUUUUAAAUAUAAGCUGCACCAUAAGCCAAUUUGGCAUAGUUUCUUGUAA